AUGGAUACAGAUCGAAGUUGGAUGUAUAGACGGCUCCACGGCGGGUUGCUAUACCCAGGCUUUACGCCAUCCCGCGUGCAAGAGUUUGUUAAUUUCGCUUUACGCCAUCCCGCGUGUAUGAGUGGGCCCCAGAUUAAAUGCCCUUGCCCUAAGACAAGAUGUAAAAAUACGAGUUAUCGAGACGUCGAAACGGUGAAACUACACAUUCUGCAGAAAGGGUUUGUGGCAGAUUAUCAAGUGUGGGUUUUUCAUGGGGAGGGAAAUGUUUUAAAUCCCCGUCCCGUUGCACAGCUACGGGAGUAUGACGUUGACAUGGAAAAUGAGGGGGGAGACGACUUCAGCUCCGUUCAGAGAAUGGAACCGAAUAACGAAGCUAAUCAUUUUUAUGAUAUGAUGCGUGCGGCCGAAGAACCUGUAUUCCCCGGUAAUAGCAAACACUCUCUGUUAUCUGCGGCUGUUAAAAUGUUGGACAUCAAAUGUCGUCACAGUGGCUCAGUAGCUUUAGUAGAUGAUGUGACCGAAUUUAUACAAGAGCUACUCCCAGAGGAGAACAAGAUGCCAAAGAACUUUGCCGAAAUAAAGAAGAUGGUUAGAGGUCUUGGGUUGCCGGUCGAAGUUAUCGAUUGCUGUUUGCGCAACUGCAUGAUUUACUGGGGGUCAGACGCGGAUUUAAUGCGAUGUAAAAUUUGCGAUCACGAACGGUGGAAACCGCCCCCUAAAGGAAAUUCUGUGAAAAGACGAGUUAACGUCCCUUAUAGGAAAAUGUUUUAUUUUCCUAUAACUCCGAGACUGCAGAGACUGUACGCUUCUAAAGCCACCGCCAAGCAUAUGACUUGGCACGCAGAACACAAAAUGGUUGAUGGAAAGAUGUGUCACCCGUCAGACUCCCCAGCAUGGAAACAUUUUAGUGAAUUGCAUACAGAGUUUGCGGAAGAAGUUCGAAAUAUUAGACUAGGCCUGUGUACUGAUGGGUUUCAACCAUUUAGAGCCUUCGGGCAGAAUUAUUCAUCAUGGCCAGUAAUUUUAACACCCUACAAUCUCCCCCCAGGGAUGUGUAUGAAAGAUGAGUUCAUGUUUUUAACUGUUAUUGUCCCUGGGCCUCGAAAUCCUAAACAUCAAAUGGAUAUUUUCCUGCAGCCGUUGAUAGCUGAGCUGAACCACUUGUGGGAAUUUGGAGUCCAGACAUUUGAUGUGCACAGGCGACAAAAUUUCCAAUUGAAAGCGGCACUUAUGUGGACGAUUAAUGAUUUUCCCGCUUAUUUUAUGUUAUCUGGCUGGAGCACAUCUGGGAGACUAGCUUGCCCACACUGCAUGGAAAAUACAGAUGCUUUCACGCUUAAUGGGAGUAGAAAAAAAUCGUGGUUUGAUUGCCACAGGAAGUUCUUGCCUCGUGGUCACAUAUACCGGCGUAAUACCACUGAUUUCCGAAAAGGAAAAACCGUAAAUAAAGAAUUCAGUCGGCCGAAAACCGGUGAAGAAUUGUUGGCAGAGGUGGACCAUUUGGGGUUUAUGAAGGCAUAUGAAAUUGGGGCUGGGACAAAUAAUGCGGCGAAGUCGACAGAUUAUGGGAAAACAAAAGACCAUGCAAAAUCUAGAGAAGAGUUGAAUGACAUAUGUGAUCGGCCUGAGUUAGCAAAAGACCCGAUUACUGGGAGAUUUCCUAAGGCGCUGUAUGCUUUGGAUAAGGACGGAAAAAAAGCUUUACUUGAGUGGAUUAAGUUAAUAAGGUUUCCAGAUGGCUACGCGUCCAACUUGUCCAGAUGUGUCGAUACAGUCGGUCUGAAAAUGCAUGGAAUGAAAAGUCACGACUGCCACAUUUUUAUGCAAAGACUUCUGCCAAUCGCUCUCCGUGAGCUAUUACCGAAGGAAGUGUGGGAGCCUUUAACAGAGUUGAGUAUCUUCUUUCGUGAGUUAACUUCCACGUCUCUAACAGAGAAAGAUCUAGAUCGUAUGAGGCUGGAAAUCCCAAAGAUAUUAUGCAAACUGGAGCGUAUUUUUCCGCCCAGCUUUUUUGACUCCAUGGAACAUCUACCUGUACAUCUUCCGUACGAAGCUAUGAUUGCGGGUCCGGUUCAGUAUCGCUGGAUGUAUCCAUUUGAAAGAUAUUUGAGAAAACUGAAAAAAAAAGUCGGCAAUAAAGGGAAGGUGGAAGGAAGCAUCAGUAGCGGAUACUUGAAUGAAGAAACCGCAAAAUUUGCAGCUUAUUACUUUUCAGAAGGUGACCCAAUGGUGCCUGAGCGGCUGCAAAGGAAUGAAGUUUGUGACAUUGAAGUCGACGACGAUGUAGACAGACUAUCUAUUUUCAAGCCGCACGGGCAAUCAGUGGGUGCGUGUCGCAAGAGAUAUCUUGAAGAAGCUGAGAUUGUUGCUGCCCGGACAUAUGUUCUAAUUAUUGUUAUCUUCUUCACUAAAGGGUCUUCGAUGGCGAGUUGCGUAGAGGAAACCCCGAAAUCAGCACCUCGCAAAUUGAAGCGAAGUUCGAGAGUGACUUUGCCUUCUGGUUCGAACAAUAUUCUCGCUAAAGGACCUCUUAGAUCAGUCAGAACAUUUAAGGGGUAUCGUGUAAACGGAUACAAGUUUCAGACUCAAGCUUAUGGGGAGGAACAACUUACGAUGAAUAGUGGAGUGUGCGUGAAGGGAACUCAAUAUGUUGAUAGCGAAAAUGACUUUUAUGGAGACUUCCCUGAAAAAUGGGAUGCCAUCGCUCAAAGGCUCGCUGCCGCGACACAGUCGCAGACCGGAGAGGGUAGCUCUGCAAGUCCAGCGGAGGUGAACGAGACCCAGCUGUUUCUAGACAUUGAGGGCGUCAACAAGAAGCAUCGGGUGUACGGUCUGGGUUCGGCGAGCAGCAGUUAUGCAGGCCCGAGCAGCAGGACGCAGCGAGGCAGCUCUUCCAGGACGUCGCAGCAGACAGAAGAGGAGAUUGAUCGCCGUGUUCAGGCCGGCAUUCAAGAGGGUCUGCGGGAGGUUGAGCAGAGGCUAGCAGAGAAGCAGAGACAAGAGUUGGCGGAGCAGCUGGCGGCUGCGCGGCGUGAGCAGCAGGAAAGCAUGGCCCAGCUUAUCCGUGAGGAGGUCGCGAGACUGAUGCCUACUCUUCCUGCAGAGUAUCGAUCACAGUUCCCCCCUCCUCCGCCAGACGGCGACGACACUACAGAUUUGUAG